CCAAACUUAACUUGUUUUCUCUUUUCUUCUUCUUCUUCUUCUUCUUCCCCUGAAGCUAUAGUGAGGUUCGUUUCUCCUUUGGAUCAUUUCAAGCUUCGAUCACUUCAACCUUCUACGUCAGAGCAAGCCAGCCGAUCCAGAUAUUGGAAAUGAAGAACUUUGGAGAAAUACUGCUAAUACUUGUCACUUCUCUUGCUCCGCUAAAUGCCUUGUGCGGAGAAAGUUCCCAUGCAGCUUCCGACCCCAGUGGUAAUGAUAUAGUGAAUCCAACAUUUGUAAAAGAUGCUAGGGCAGUUUGCUUAGCUGGAAAUCCAGCAGCAUAUUACUACUCCAAAGGAUUUGGCAAGGGAGUUAGUAAUUGGAUUGUGUAUCUUCAGGGAGGAGGAUGGUGUAUGAAUAUUACUGAUUGCAACGGUUAUAUUCAAAGAAGAGGUGUUGGAGUGAAUGCUACAGCAGCAGCGCUUCAUGGUAAUCUGUUAAGCAGCAACAAGAAAAAAAAUCCUGACUUCUUCAAUUGGAAUAGAAUUGAUGUUAGGUACUGUGAUGCAUCAUCCUUUACCGGCAACUCGGAGAUAAAUCAAAACGAUACUAAGCUUUACUUCAGAGGAGCAAUAAUUUUCAAGGCCAUAAUGCAGGAGCUAUUAGAAAGCGGGAUGGGAAAUGCGAAAAAUGCACUUUUAGCGGGUAGUUCUGCGGGAGGAGUGGCUACCACGAUAUAUUGUGAUAGAUUUCGACGCUACUUCUCCAACACUUCUCGCGUUAAGUGUUUUUCAGAUGGUGGAUAUUUUUUCCUUUCGAAAAAGCACAUGAGUCAAAGAAACACAUUUCUGUCCAUGUUUGACGGUUUGAUCAAAUUACAUGGAUCUAAAAACGCAUUGCCUACGUCUUGUACUUCAAGAUUAAGUCCAGAAAUGUGUUUCUUCCCACAAAAUUUGCAAGCUGACAUUCAAACGCCUAUCUUUUUCUUAAUGUCUGCGUUUGAUCAAAUUCAGAUAGAGUAUACAAUGGUCACAAAAGAAUUUGAUACAUGUGCUAAUGGGAGGAAUUGUUCUUUGAAUCAAAUUAAAAUCAUGCAAGAUAUUAGGUCCGAGCUCUUGUCAGUAUUGCCUAAACAAUCCCACAAUUCCAAAAAAGGGAUCUUAAUUACCUCUCCAUAUGCCCAUACUCAAGUUCUCGGCCCUUCUUGGUAUUUUCGUGCAGCUAAAACUGGAAAGACAAUUGAAAAGCUUUUUAGCGAAUGGUAUUUCGACAACAAGGAUGUUGAAGUGAUUGAUGAGAACCCGUGCCCAUAUUAUAAUUGCUUAUCAAAUUAGCUGCGUCUGUAAAAUAAAGAAAAAAACUUAUAACCACUGGGUUUGUAGAUAUUUGUUGCGUAGUGCUAGCUUGAAACUAUGGAUGGUUGUUUAUGAUGAAUGAAGUGUACUGUUUUGGUUUUCAAAAAGAAUGGAUGGUUGUUUAUCAUAUUUUAGACUCUCAAUAUCAGUGAGCAUUGAGCCUCCUUU